UACACGCGAUUUAGGCAGCAAAAACGUACAAAAGCGAGUGAUCAAAUUGUGCCAGUGAUACCGCCGCCCGCGGUCGCGAAACGAAUCGAUUGCAGAAGUGCGACAAACAGCGCCGCGAAAGGAAAACAACCGUUGAAACAUUCUCCCAAAAAAGGAGGAAAAAAUCGCAAGUUGUUGUUGCCGUUGCUGCUGAAAAAGAACGAGAGAGAGUGAGAGAGGGCGCUGCGUGUAUGCCUGUGUGUGUGUUUGUGUGGGGGUGAGGAUGUCUCUCUCUAAUGCACAGUGACUGUGUUUUCCUUUUUUCGAUUUCGUUUUUGUGCUCCCCCCGACAAACAAAAAAAGUCCAAGCGAUCCGUUAUUUUUGCAAGUGUAAAGUUUACAGUGUAUGUGUGCCGCCGAACAACAACAACACCAGCGACAAAACAACAAACAGGGCGCACAGCAAAACAAUUCACACACACGCACCCUCCCCCGCCAGCGCGCGCUUGUGUGUGUGUGUGAGAGAGAGGGAGUGAGAGAAAAAUCGAAGAAGUGCUGGCCAAAAGCGAAAAAAAAUUAAACAAAUACCAAAAUCCAACAAUAGCAGCAACUAACUAUCAAAAAUCGGACCAAAUCCAGUCGACAUAAUGUCCACCAUUGAGUUCGAGACGAUCGGCAGUCGGCUGCAAUCCUUGGAGGCGAAGCUCCAGGCGCAGAAUGAGUCCCACGACCAGAUCGUCCUUUCCGGUGCGCGCGGACCAGGCGUUUCCGGUUCCGUUCCGUCUGCCCGCGUUCCGCCCCUGGUGACAUCCGCAUCAGCCACAUCCGCCGCCCACGCACCGACCCUGGGCACAGGUUCCGUUUCCGGAUCGGGAAUCAGCAUAGCCCAGCGGCCGGCACCUCCAGUUCCUCAUGCGACGCCCUUUGCCAGCGCCAGCACAUCGUCAUCCUCAUCCGCAUCCGCAUUUGCAUCCGCAGCACCGGCGACGGGCGCCUUCGGUGGAACGUACACCCCGCCCACAACCAGAGUGCCGCGAGCCACGCCCACACUGCCCAUGCUUUCUAGCGGACCCGGUGGCGGACUGAAUCGGACGCGGCCAGUGAUACUUCCGCUGCCCACGCCGCCGCAUCCACCGGUUUCGGAAACGGACAAGAAGCUGAAGAUCAUCAUGGAGCAGACCGGCAAGCUGAACAUCAACGGGCGGCAGUAUCCGACGGACAUCAACGACCUCAAGCACCUGGGCGACCUGGGCAACGGGACCAGUGGCAAUGUGGUGAAGAUGAUGCACCUGUCCAGCAACACGAUCAUCGCCGUGAAGCAGAUGCGACGCACUGGCAACGCGGAGGAGAACAAGCGCAUCCUGAUGGAUCUGGAUGUGGUGCUCAAGUCGCAUGACUGCAAGUAUAUUGUCAAGUGCCUCGGCUGCUUCGUUCGCGAUCCGGAUGUGUGGAUCUGCAUGGAGCUGAUGUCCAUGUGCUUUGACAAGCUGCUCAAGCUCUCCAAGAAGCCGGUGCCGGAACAGAUCCUGGGCAAGGUCACAGUGGCGACGGUCAACGCAUUGUCCUAUCUGAAGGACAAGCACGGGGUCAUCCAUCGAGAUGUGAAGCCCUCGAACAUUCUGAUCGACGAGCGCGGGAACAUCAAGCUCUGUGAUUUCGGGAUCAGCGGUCGCCUGGUGGACUCCAAGGCCAACACUCGAUCCGCCGGCUGUGCAGCCUAUAUGGCGCCGGAACGCAUCGACCCCAAGAAACCAAAGUACGACAUUCGCGCCGAUGUGUGGUCACUGGGCAUAACGCUGGUGGAGCUGGCCACCGCGCGAUCCCCGUACGAGGGAUGCAACACGGACUUCGAGGUGCUCACCAAGGUGCUGGACUCGGAACCGCCGUGUUUGCCCUACGGCGAGGGCUUCAACUUUAGUCAGCAGUUCCGCGAUUUCGUCAUCAAGUGCCUCACAAAGAACCAUCAGGAUCGACCCAAGUAUCCGGAGCUUCUGGCCCAGCCCUUCAUCCGGACCUAUGAAAUAGCCAAAGUAGAUGUGCCCAAUUGGUUUCAGAGCAUCAAGGAUAACCGGCUGCGUGCCAAUGGCGAUCCAACGCUCCAGAGGGCAACGGCGACUGGAAGUGUGGUCGGUUCUGGUGCUGGAUCUCUCGCCGGAUCAGGAUCCGCAGGUGGAGCUGUAAAGUAUGGUAGGGCGACGCCGUAUGCGGGACAGAGUCCCACAAAUCCGCAGAAGACAAUAAAACCCACGCAGAUACCGAGUUACCAGCAGCAACAGUCGCAGUAUUUCAUGCAAUCAGCCACACAACUACCUCAAACAACAACAACAACCACAACACCGACGGCAACGACUAACUGCUUCGGCGGUAGCAGCGGAAACGGAAAUGGAAAUGGAAGAGGCAGAGGAAAUGGCAGCGGCGGCAGCGGCAGCGGAAAUGGUAGUGGAAGCAGCAGCAGUGCCAGUCCUCUAUCGCCGCCAAGCGCCGGAAUCGGCGAUCUGAACCGGCUCUAUCGCAAAUCGCCGUUCAUGCAGCGAAAACUGAGCAACGGAUCCCAUCAUCCGCACUACAAAUACAACGACGAGAGCCCCAAGAAGGAGUCCAUGUUCAGUAGCAUCGGCCAAUCGAUUCUACGCAAUCUGACAACAUCGCCCUUCAGCCAAAAGAAACACAAUUCAGCAGCAGCGACUGCAACAACAACACCACUGCCGCACAACAACCAAACAUUGAUCACGGAUGCAGCAGCACCAGCAGCACCAGCAGCAGCAGUAGCAGCCACACCAACAACACCGCCAAAUAUUGCAGCUACAGCGCUGACGACAACGCCAACGACCACGCCCACUUGGCGCCUGCCAGCGGAGAAUUCCCAAGCCUACGACAGCUGUGAUAGUAGUAGUAAUGCGACGACGACGACCUUGAACUUGGCCCUCUCCUCGCCCUCCCCCUCGUUGCCGCGCAAGCAAUUCGCCACAGAAUCGCCGACCCUGCAACUUACAAGUCAGCAGCAGCAGCAGCAACCACAGCGAUUGCAGCCGGGCAAUCAGAGUCCCAUAGUGCUGCAGCGCUUCUACCACCAGCAGAACCAGCUGCGCGAGAAGGAGGCGGCCGAGCGGUAUCAGCAGCAGCGCCAGCAGCCGCCCGUGGGAGUGACCAGCACGAAUCCGUUUCACAGCAACUAUGUGCCGCCGCCGCCAUCCACGCACUCCACCUCUAGUCAGUCCUCCACGCAGUCGACGUGUUCGCAAAUCGCCAUUAAUCCCGCCAGCAUAUCACCAUCGUCUGCUUCUGGAACGGCGGGUUUGGGAUUGGGAUCAGGAACAGGAUCAGGAACUGGAACAGGAUUAGGGGCUGCUGGUCACUUUGGAUCGGGCGGCACUGGCGAGCAGUUGCAGUCCCAGCCACUGCCUAUCGCCGCCGAGGCAACGGGUGCCAGUCCCACGCUCCAGCCCCGAUCACCGGAUCAGCAGCAGUCGGAAUAUGGAGGAAGCGGCAACAUGGUGGCCAGCAAGCUGAGCAAGCUGUACGCACGCCGACCGCUUUUGGGCCAGAGCUCCAGCAGCGGAGCGAGCAAUAGCAGCCUGGAUGGUUGCAGUCGGGAGCAACACGAUGCCGGCUGGUUCAACACUCUGGCCGGUGCCAUGAAGCGACAGUUUGCCACCUAUGUUAAAACCCAAUUGAAUUCCACAGCCACGUCGCCGGUGGCGUCCGGCAUGGACCGGGACCGGGACCAGGAGCCAGUGCAUCCGCAGCCGCCGGCGUACAGGAGCGUCGUGAGUAACGGCGGUGGCGGUGGCAAGUCCUACUACUAUCGCACCCUAUCGGCGGCCAGCAGCAGUAGUAAUACCAGCCAGAGCACCUCGCCCACGACGGAACCACUGCCCGGUGGCGGCACCAGUAGCUUCCUGCGUCGCUACGCCAGCAGCGGGCCGGGAAUGGGCGGCGGUGGAGGUAGCAUCAGCACGCCGCCCAGUCCGCAUAUCCUGGCCGGAUUGGAUCGCAGGCAUCGAAGUCCAGAUCCGCCGCCACGCUACAAUCGCGGACAGUCGCCGCUGUUGCUGCGCAAGAAUCUGCUGGAGCUGAGUGGCCAGCCGCCCGGCUCUCCGCUGCUGCACCGCAGAUAUGUUUCGGCCUCGCCGCCGCUACCGCCACCGCGUCGAGGUUCUGAAAGCGUGCCGGGAUCACCGCAGCAUUUCCGCACUCGCAUCCACUACACACCCGAGCCCCAGAGACGCAUCUACCGUACGAUAGAUCAAUGAGUAGCGCUGCAAAUCAUGGUCAUGUGAUGUUGGUAUGGCUUCGACGACGAUGCCGCCGACGCUGCUGUUCACGACGACAAUCAGGUGGAGCAGGAGGUGGGGCUAAUGGAGCCCAUUUCCCUGCCCGUCUCGUCAGCAGCCGGCGACUCGCUGUCGAUGCCGGCGUAUACAGGUGGCCUGGGCACCAGGUCGUUCGGAGCUGACCGGCGGAUCGGCGGUCGUCGGACGUGUUCGGCCAGCGGAUCGUAUGCCAGCUUGUAUACGGAUAGGGACGAAUGGCCAGGAGGAGGAUCGUCAGGUGCGGGCGCAUCGGGUGCAUCGACGACCAGAGCUGGAUAUCCGUGGACAUGUGAUUGAUGACAAACGAAAGUGUUCAAAUUCUUAUACGUUUAAGUGCUUGAGCCUCAGCGGCGAUUCAUCUGUAUCCGCAACUGCUAGGCACUUCGUUUCGUUGCGCAGCUCCAAUUGUACAUAGACAUAUAUCUUUAGGGUUCUAUAUAGACACAUCCGAUAAUAGUGCAAUAGUUGAAAGCAAUUCUGUUCGCCCAACACCCGCCCCCCUGUAUCCAAGUCUAUUCUAUUCUAUCUAUUCUAUAUGUCUCUGUAUCUGUAUCUGUAUCUUUAUCUGUAUCCGUGUCUGUAUCUCCUUCAAUGGUAACUCUGUAAUCAAAAGUUUACACUUUACACAACGUAAAUUAUUUAACCGUAGCUCUAAAAUGAAAAUGAAACAAAAUAGCUAAAUCGAAAGGGGAAAAUCCAACAGAAAGAAUGAGGAAUUCAAAUGAUUUGUAGCUUUGUAUAUAGAGAGGAGGCGAAGUGCAAAAUGUCGUUGCAUUUGCUGUUUUGCAAUUUGUUUUAGUUUAUACAUUUCAUUAAACAACAACUUGUAUGCUGAGUGGAAGGGAGACCAACAACAAACAACCACAUUAGCAAUGGAAUUAUUGUACUGAUUAUUAUAAUUGUUUAAUUUAUUAUGUAAGCGGCAACAAGCAACAAUUCAAAUUCAA